AUGGCAACCACUACCGCCACAGUCCUCCAGCCAGCCAUCUCAGCCGACGACGCCGAGUCCACGCGGUGGUUGGACCAGCCAUUCCCCACGCCCAAGUUUGGCGAGCACGGCUACUGCACCAUAGCCAGCAGCGUGCGCAUGGCCGCGCCGCCGCGAACCUGCCUGGGCAUCGUGCUGCACGCGCCGGGCUACGCGGACCCACACAGCUGGAACAACUGGGUCCGCAAAAUCGCCAUCACCUCGCCCGGCGCAGACCCAGCCUCCUCCGCAGCCGGCGGCAUCCCCGCCGAGCUGACGGGGCCCGACUACCUCUCCAAGGGCGCGCGGUUCGACAUGUCCAUCUUCAUGGACCACAAGCCCACGUCGAGCCCGCGCGUGCAGUCGAUGGAGGUGACGGCCUGCGAGGCCCUGGCCGACGGGAGGAACGGCUUCCGCGUCGAGUGGACGUACUGCAUGUUCGGCCUGCACUGCGAGAGGGUCCAGGAGUUUGUCGACGACGGCCAGGGCGGCACCGUCUACACGACCUGGGAGACGUUUGGUGGCGUCAUUGCGAGGAUUGUGUGGUUGACCAACGCCGCUGGCAUCCAGAAGGGCUUUGUCGAGUGGGGUCGGGGGUUGAAGGAAAAGGCCGAGAGCAUGAGCUAG